AGAGCAGGGGUGUCCAAACUUGGAAACUUUAAGACUUGUGGAGUUCAACUUCUAGAAGUUCUGGAAAGUUCUGGAAAUUGCAGUCCACAAGUCUUAAAGUUCCCAAGUUUGAAGACCUCUGUCUUAGAGGAUUCAGUCACACUGACUAAGUCACUCUUUCUGCUUGUUCCACACAUUUGCUAGUUGCACCCAGGAAUUCCUGGGUCAUGUAAGAUGAUCUAUUUCCAUCCUGUAUUGAUGUGCCUAUUAAUAACUGCCUCCAUAUUAGAUCUAUUUGUUUUUAAUUUUGAGAUAAAAAUACUUUUAUUAGCUUAUUGCACUUAAUCUAUGUAUCUUCUUCUAUGAUGCCCUUGUCAUUCUUUCAUGCCAUGUCUUCUGGCUUGGUGAGACUAUGGCACAACAGAACAUUAACCAAAGUGAGGACAACAUUGAUGAGGAACUAUUUUUGAAAGCAAUAUCAGAAAAAUCACCCAGAUAAACGGGCAAUUUAACAUCUUGCAUAUUUAGUUUUUAAAAUGUAAAUUACUUGCAAUUUCUAAUUUAAAUGAAGCUGAUAUUAUGGAUACGUCUUGAUAGAAUUGAGGAUGGAGGAGAGUUUUACUAUCAUCAUUUGAUUCUAUUAUGUCUAAAUAACCAUUUGGAAAAGAUCACAGAGAUCCAACAAUUACACUCUCAGUUGUGACAAAGUAGAGGUGUUGGUUUCCUUUUGUCUGCAGUGGCAAACUGAAAUUUGUGCUCAUGAAAUUGAAAAAGAUGGUUAGGUGCAAAACAAGAUUCACAUUUGCCGUUUUCACCAUCGCUUGGAGUUUUGCCCAUGUUGAGUUAAUUGAGUUUUCGGCUUUAAAUAUUACAGGUAUCUCCUGAUUAAACAACAGUUUCAUUUUAACUAGGUGAAAAAGGUUUCAGUGCAAGUUUGCAGUCCAAAUGGAAAUGCCUGGAUCAAAAAUCUAUCCUCUUCAGUGUUAUUGUGCAAGUGUUGGGAAAGUUAAUGUGUGAAGGACCGUUUUCACUUCCACAGUCUCAUUUCCAGUUUAGUAGUUAAUCGUGAAUAUUUGCUUGAUUGCUGAAAAGAAAAUGUGUUUGUGACUUUAACAGGAUGGAAAGGGAAAGCCUUCUGACUGUCUUCCCUCCCCCUUUUUUAUUUUAUUUUUUAUAAACAGUAUUCGGGGUUUCAGCAGACGGCAGACAAGUGCUUCAUUUGUGGCCAUCUCAUCAUGGAAAUGAUUUUGCAAGCUCUUGGGAAGUCAUACCAUCCUGGCUGUUUCCGCUGUGUGGUGUGCAAUGAAUGUCUGGAUGGCAUACCCUUCACUGUCGAUAUGGAGAACAACAUUUACUGUGUUAAAGACUAUCACACGGUUUUUGCACCCAAGUGCGCUUCCUGUAACCAGCCUAUUUUGCCAGUCCAGGGUUCCGAAGAGACCAUCCGGGUGGUGUCAAUGGACAGGGAUUACCAUGUGGAGUGUUACCACUGCGAGGAUUGUGGACUCCAGCUGAAUGACGAGGAGGGCCGCCGAUGCUAUCCACUGGAGAGACACCUGCUCUGCCACACCUGUCAUAUCAGGCGCUUGAGCACUAAAGUGUCGGCACACUCCGCCUCUGGGUACCCCAUGCAUAUCACGGAGCUCUGAGGCUUCUGCUUCCCAUCUACUGAAGACCAGGAGGAAGACCCCCGCUGGGGAAAGGGCUCAACAGAGGACUCUCCAGAAAGACAAAGCGGCCGCCAUUAUUUAUUGCUUCUAAGAUUGAAAAGGAAGGGGCACCUCUUGGGUUGGCUCUGGGUGCAAUUGCCUAAGUGAUUCUUUCCACGAUGCUGGUACUUGAAAAGUCGUGCACCCCAUGGAUUGGAUGGGGAAAGGGGCCUGAUGCCAGAGCUGUUGGGAUGACUGGCCACCCAUUAAUACUGGCUUGUUGCCAUUUUUAUGAUUGAUUGUUUGAGCUCCCAGAAGAAACGUUAGCUUUCCAACAGGAAAGAGACCAAAAGACUUUAGCCAUGUUUUAGCUCUCCUUGCACCCUUGACCUUGUGGUUCUCACAAUUUGAGAGACACAAGGGUUGUUGCAUGCAUCAAAAGAGGGAGGGCAAAAUUGAAUGUGACUUAAAAAAGGAAUAACUUUCUAGGGGAUUCCUGUGGGCCUCCCAGCUUGGCUUUUUGUUGGGUUUCUCUGCAAAACAAGAGUACACAAGACACCAUGUGCUGGGAGCCCGUGAAAGGACAGAGAGCAUUUCUAUUCCGGGCUGUGUCCGGCACGGUUCUCAGGUGCUUGGCAAGGAUGUGAGGGUUUGGUGUUUCCAGGUGAGGCAGAACACACCGCUAAGGGGAGAGCUGCAGGCUCUCUGGGAAGAACAGUCACCUCGUAGCUUUCUGGGAUCCGACGGGCAGCAACUGUGCAGAGGAGCCUUGCUGAAAGCAGGGUGGCAGAGGGGGAAAAGGGGCAGAAACUUCUCCAUUCCCAUUCCACAGGUUUUUUUCUUAGCAUUCUUUUGGGGCAGAAACGGGAAUGUGUCAGAAUGGGAAAAUUUUACAUACAGGUGGUAUAAGCCUAUUCAUUAAAUUUAAUUCAGAUUUGAAUUCAACCAAAUUAAGGUUUUGUCCCAUCCAUUUCUUUGGACCUGCCACUGCUUAUUUUUGAAGGGAAUCUUCCCAGCCUCCCAAAGUCCAGAGGCAGCCUGGAGCCUGGAAAUGGUUCUGCUCCCAACAACCGCAGAACCUGCCAGGGCCAGCCAAGUACCCUGGGGGCUCCCUGCAGAAGCUCUGCUAGUUGCUCUCUGCCCCCCUCAGUACAAGGAAGGGGAUUCCUGCUUUUUACAACUUGGUGAUAACCCAGCUUUAAAGGCCAAGUUAAUUAUACUUGAAUCCACAGCACUUGCAUAAUUAUUCCCAUGGCCUCUUGACCAUACAAAGCGUUUUUAGGUAGGUCACAAAACAGUUUUUAAAAGUCUCAGGAAACAAUCGUCUUUUUUCUAGAUCAGUGUU